AACCUUAAAGUAGUAGUAGUAGUACUCUCGUACUUACAUUUCUUCCCCCCUCCUCUCCUCUCUCUCUCUCUCUCUCUCUCUUCUAUCUUCUCUCUCUUGUUGUCAUAUCAUAUCUCUGGGGGAGCUCCAUGAAAUAGUUCCUCACAUCAAACCCAUAAUAAUCAGCACGCCUUGCUCGCUAGCCCUUAUAGCUCUCAGCCCCACAUACCCUUUCCCUUCACUUCCCUCUUAGUCUUUACUCACCAAACAAAGACACCAUCUUUGCUCUGCUCUGUCUCUUUUGUGAAAUGUCCUUGAACCAUUUCUCUUCCUCCGAGCUUCAAGAAACGCAGUGGUGGAACAACUCGACGACUCAACAAAACCAGCAACAGCCCCCUGAAUUCACCAUGGACACUUUCCACCCUCAAUUGUAUCAAAAUUACCAGCCCGGCUGGCUAGGCUCCCAAAUCUCCCAACAGCCCCCGACCCUCAAUUUCAACCUCAACCAUCAACACAACGACGCCGCCGACAGAGAAUUACAACAGCCAGAGCUUCAGAUCGACAUGGGGGAUGACAAAGAGACCAUGUUCGAGAAGCCGCUGACCCCAAGCGACGUCGGCAAGCUCAACCGCCUUGUCAUUCCCAAGCAGCACGCCGAGAGGUACUUCCCUCUCGGUGGCGGCAACGGCGGAGAGUCAGGAGGCGAGAAGGGGCUGCUGCUGAGCUUCGAGGACGAGUCCGGAAAGUGCUGGAGGUUCCGGUACUCGUACUGGAACAGCAGCCAAAGCUAUGUAUUAACCAAAGGAUGGAGCCGCUACGUGAAGGAAAAGCGCCUCGACGCCGGCGACGUCGUUUUGUUCGAGCGGCGCCGAAACGACAGCGAGCGCCUCUUCAUUGGGUGGAGGCGCCGUGCGGCGCAAGAGAGCAGCGGCGCUGGUGGUGGGGCUAGUAACACGUCAGCGCAGGUUAGCGGAAGCGGCGGGGGUGGUGGUGCUGGUCCUGGUGUUGAAAGUGGAGGUAGUAGAGCUGGUUGGACCAGGAUCUUCUAUUCUGCACCGCAGUCUUAUCCUGCGCCCCAUCAUCACAGUGUGCCAUACCCACCUGACUAUCUACAACAUGCAGCCGCAGCAGCAGCAGGAUCUCCUGUUCAGAACCAGACGCCGUCGUCGUCAUCGGGCUGCAACUCGAGGAUAUUGAGGCUGUUUGGGGUGAACUUGGAGUGCCAGCAGCAGCAGGAUGAUGAGUCCGAACCAUCCACACCAGAUGGGUCGUCUUUGUCAAGCCAGGGUCCAACCCACCACCAGUUCUAUCCUAAUCCUACUAAUGCUUAUUAUGGAGACCACAGGGAUUUCACUUUCUCCAGAGAUGCGAACCCCCCCAUGAGAAAUCGACGAGGAUAGAGAUCCGUGGAUGUGACGUCCUUGAUUGACUCCAACUAUUUUAAUUUUUAACCCACUUGGAAAAAUCUCCACCAAAAGAACUUAGAACCCAGAAAAAAAAAACAGAAAAAAAAGAAAAAAAAAAAUGAGGAGGUAUGUAUAGAAUAUUUAAGUAUUAGAAAAAUAUGAGAAAAAAUCCCAGAUUUUCAGGCCAAGUUUUGGGCAGGAGUGGAGGUGGAGUAGUAGACUAGUAGUGUUGAGGACUGAGGAAAAGGACUGCUGCAGGUAGUAGGAGAGAGAGGUAGGGGGUGUGGGGUAACCCUGGGAAGAAAGGGUAGGGCGAUGACGUCAUCAGGAAUGAGGGGAAAGAGUCUAUUUACUGCUGCUGUUACUAUUUCUUUACUGUUGAGAUUCUGCCUGAAGAUUUUUCCAGAGGAGGUCUCAUGAUGAAGGUAAAGAUAAUAAUGGAAGGGUAUGGUGGUGAGGUUGUGUUGGUGGGGGGAGUGAGUGAAAGUUGGUGGAGUUGAAUAGUAGACAUGGUUGAAGCAGCAACUUGUUUGUACUAAAAGUUUAACUAGGUACAGUAGUAGUAGUCCACAGCCUCUCCUUACUUGUUGCUCCGAUUCUGAUCUGGCUUCCUUUGUUAUUACAAGUUCUGUUCAUUUUCU